CGGGGCGGCGAUGCGCUACAACGAGCGGGAGCUGCUCUCGCUGUCGCGGCAGCCGGCCGAGAAGGCGGCCGAGGUCCUCAUGCGGGCCCCCAAGAAGGGAAGCGUACUGAAGAAGCGCCUUGUGAAGCUGGUUGUCAAUUUUCUUUUUUAUUUCCGAACGGACGAAGCGGAGCCUAUUGGUGCUUUGCUGUUGGAACACUGCAGAAUCCACCAAGAAGAAAACAAUGUUUUUUCUAUCGGUUUCCUCGAAGAACCCGACAGGAAGUACUACUUUGAGUGCGACACGCCCGAGCAGUGCCAGGAGUGGAUCGAGGUGCUGCGGAGAGCCAGCUAUGAGUUCAUGCGAAGCAGCUUGAUCUUCUAUCGGAAUGAGAUCCAGAAGAUGACGGGGAAGGAUCCUUUGGAGCAGUACGGCAUCUCCGGAGAAGCUCGUUUCCAGCUGGGCGCAGGGAAGCUGUGAGCCUGCAAUGUCGGCUUAUGUUUACCCCCCGCCCCCCGGUUGGCCAAGAGGACUGAAU